AUGGGUUACUCAGUACCCAGAGAUGGAGAAGAUGAAGAUCUGGUACGAGGAAGAAGGAAUUUGUUUGGUGUUGGUUCGGCUAUGGCAGAUCUAGUGGUGGUGGUGGUGGUGGUGGUGGUGGUGGUGAGAGGGAAGAAGAUAAUGGGGAGUAAGGAGGGGACGGUGGUUGUCGUGGGUGGUGGGUUCGUGGGGUUUUGGCUGGUGGUUGCCGUGGGAUUGAUGGUGGCUGGGUGGCAAGGAGGUUUCAGGGAGAGGAUGAGGUUUGAUUUGAAGAUGGUUUGGAAGCAAGCUAUGAGAGUAAACUAUUACGAUACUCUCCAGGUUAGGACUGCCAAUGGACCUGUUAUUGACCCCUCUCAAAAAGAUAGACUGGAAAGUUUCUUUCUGGGUUUCGAUGCAGAUCUCUGGGAUAUUGUUGUGGAUGGCUACGAGCGUCCAGUUGAUGCAGAUGGCAAGAAGAUCCCAAGGUCAGAGAUGACUGCAGAUCAAAAGAAGCUGUACUCACAACAUCACAAAGCAAGAGCAAUUCUUCUAAGUGCUAUUUCUUAUGAAGAGUACCAGAAGAUUACAGAUCGUGAGUUUGCAAAAGGCAUUUUUGAAUCUCUGAAGAUGUCUCAUGAAGGAAACAAGAAAGUCAAAGAAUCAAAGGCAUUAUCUUUGAUCCAAAAAUAUGAAUCCUUCAUCAUGGAGCCAAAUGAGUCCAUUGAAGAAAUGUUCUCCAGAUUUCAGUUGCUUGUGGCUGGCAUAAGACCUCUCAACAAGAGCUAUACAACAAAAGAUCAUGUCAUAAGGGUUCUCAGGAGUCUUCCUGAAAGCUGGAUGCCUUUAGUGACUUCAAUAGAGCUCACGAGAGAUGUUGAGAAUAUGAGUUUAGAAGAACUCAUCAGCAUUUUGAAAUGCCAUGAGCUGAAGCGCUCUGAGAUGCAAGAUCUGAGGAAAAAGUCUAUAGCCUUGAAAUCCAAAUCUGAAAAGGCUAAGGCUGAGAAGUCAAAAGCUCUUCAAGCUGAAGAAGAAGAAUCUGAAGAAGCAUCAGAAGAUUCUGAUGAAGAUGAGCUGACUCUGAUCUCCAAGAGACUCAACCGAAUCUGGAAGCACAGGCAGAGCAAGUACAAAGGCUCUGGAAAGGCAAAAGGAAAGUCUGAAUCCUCAGGCCAGAAGAAGUCCUCAAUUAAGGAAGUCACAUGCUUCGAGUGCAAAGAAUCAGGGCACUACAAAAGUGACUGUCCAAAGUUGAAGAAGUGGUAUCUGGACAGUGGAUGCUCGCGUCACAUGACGGGAGAAAGGCGUAUGUUCCAAGAGCUAAAACUUAAGCCUGGAGGCGAAGUUGGCUUUGGAGGAAAUGAAAAGGGUAAAAUUGUUGGUACUGGUACUAUUUGUGCAGAUAGUAGUCCAUGCAUUGAUAAUGUGUUAUUGGUAGACGGCUUAACACAUAACUUAUUGUCUAUAAGUCAAUUAGCUGACAAGGGUUAUGAUGUUAUAUUCAAUCAAAAGUCCUGCCGGGCUGUAAGUCAGAUCGAUGGCUCUGUUCUGUUUAACAGCAAGAGGAAGAACAACAUUUAUAAGAUCAGAUUAUCUGAGUUAGAGGCUCAGAAUGUGAAGUGCCUUCUUUCUGUUAAUGAAGAGCAGUGGGUAUGGCAUAGACGGUUAGGGCAUGCCAGUAUGAGAAAGAUUUCUCAGCUGAGCAAGCUAAACCUCGUCAGGGGCUUACCCAAUCUGAAGUUCGCUUCAGACGCUCUUUGUGAAGCAUGUCAGAAAGGCAAAUUCACUAAAGUCCCUUUCAAGGCAAAGAAUGUUGUCUCAACCUCAAGGCCGUUGGAACUUCUGCAUAUCGACCUUUUUGGGCCAGUGAAAACUGAGUCUAUAGGUGGCAAGAGAUAUGGGAUGGUUAUCGUUGAUGACUAUAGCCGCUGGACAUGGGUAAAGUUUCUAACCCGCAAGGAUGAGUCUCAUGAUGUGUUCUCUACCUUCAUAGCCCAAGUGCAAAACGAGAAGGCUUGUAGGAUUGUGCGUGUCAGAAGUGACCAUGGUGGAGAGUUUGAGAAUGACAAGUUUGAGAGUCUGUUUGAUUCCUAUGGAAUUGCACAUGAUUUCUCUUGUCCCAGAACUCCUCAACAAAAUGGCGUUGUUGAGAGGAAGAACAGAACUCUUCAGGAGAUGGCUAGAACCAUGCUCCAAGAAACUGGCAUGGCUAAGCACUUUUGGGCAGAGGCAGUAAAUACAGCAUGUUACAUUCAGAACAGAAUCUCUGUGAGACCAAUUCUGAAUAAGACUCCCUAUGAAUUGUGGAAGAACAUAAAACCCAACAUUUCCUACUUUCAUCCUUUUGGUUGUGUUUGUUAUGUUCUUAAUACUAAGGAUAGAUUGCAUAAAUUUGAUGCUAAAUCUUCUAAAUGUCUAUUACUUGGUUAUUCUGAGAGAUCUAAAGGUUUUAGAUUUUAUAAUACUGAUGCUAAGACUAUUGAAGAAUCUAUUCAUGUUAGAUUUGACCAUCCUAAGGAAUUGAUUCUGGGCAACAAGGACGAACCAGUCAGAACCAGAUCAGCCUUCAGACCCUCUGAAGAGACCCUGCUUAGUCUGAAAGGAUUGGUGUCCUUAAUUGAACCCAAGUCCAUAGAUGAAGCUCUUCAGGACAAGGAUUGGAUUCUGGCCAUGGAAGAAGAAUUGAAUCAAUUCUCCAAGAACGAUGUUUGGAGCUUAGUGAAGAAGCCUGAGAGUGUCCAUGUAAUUGGGACAAAAUGGGUGUUCAGAAACAAGCUGAAUGAGAAAGGAGAUGUAGUCAGAAACAAGGCAAGGCUAGUUGCUCAAGGUUACAGUCAGCAGGAAGGAAUAGACUACACAGAAACAUUUGCUCCAGUAGCAAGACUAGAAGCAAUCAGAUUGUUGAUCUCUUUCUCAGUGAAUCACAACAUAGUUCUUCAUCAGAUGGAUGUAAAGAGUGCCUUCCUAAACGGUUAUAUAUCAGAGGAAGUCUACGUUCAUCAACCCCCAGGUUUUGAAGAUGAGAAGAAGCCAGACCAUGUGUUCAAAUUGAAGAAGUCACUCUAUGGUCUGAAGCAAGCUCCCAGAGCAUGGUAUGAGAGACUCAGCUCAUUCCUUCUGGAAAAUGAGUUUGUAAGGGGUAAAGUAGAUACAACUCUCUUUUGCAAAACUUAUAAAGAUGAUAUCUUAAUUGUGCAAAUCUAUGUUGAUGAUAUUAUAUUUGGUUCUGCUAAUCAAUCUCUAUGCAAAGAAUUUUCUAAGAUGAUGCAGGCUGAAUUUGAGAUGAGUAUGAUGGGAGAACUAAAGUACUUUCUAGGAAUACAAGUUGAUCAAACACCAGAAGGAACAUAUAUCCAUCAGAGCAAGUACACUAAAGAACUUCUGAAGAAGUUCAAUAUGCUGGAAUCUACAGUGGCCAAGACUCCAAUGCAUCCAACAUGCAUUCUGGAGAAAGAAGAUAAAAGUGGUAAAGUAUGUCAGAAGCUCUAUCGUGGCAUGAUAGGUUCACUUCUAUACUUAACUGCAUCUAGGCCAGACAUAUUAUUUAGUGUUCAUUUAUGUGCUCGUUUCCAAUCAGAUCCAAGGGAAACCCACUUAACUGCUGUUAAGAGGAUCCUAAGGUAUCUGAAAGGCACCACUAACCUUGGCUUGAUGUAUAAGAAAACAUCAGAGUAUAAGCUUUCAGGUUACUGUGAUGCUGAUUAUGCUGGAGAUAGAACAGAGAGAAAAAGUACUUCUGGAAAUUGUCAAUUUCUAGGGAGCAAUCUAGUCUCAUGGGCAAGCAAGAGACAAUCAACCAUUGCACUAUCCACCGCAGAGGCAGAAUAUAUCUCAGCAGCAAUAUGCAGCACUCAGAUGCUCUGGAUGAAACAUCAGCUGGAGGAUUAUCAGAUCCUUGAGAGCAAUAUCCCAAUCUAUUGUGAUAACACUGCUGCAAUCUCAUUAAGUAAGAAUCCUAUCUUACAUUCAAGGGCAAAACAUAUUGAGGUAAAGUAUCACUUUAUUAGAGAUUAUGUACAAAAGGGCGUACUUCUUCUGAAGUUUGUUGAUACUGACCAUCAAUGGGCAGAUAUCUUUACAAAGCCCUUAGCAGAGGAUAGAUUUAAUUUUAUUCUGAAAAAUCUGAAUAUGGACUUUUGUCCAGAGUGA